AUGUGCUUUCUUAUCUGGAAUCUUGCUGUCUGCUGUCCCCUACCAGUCCCUUCUACAGGACACGGUUCUCUCGGCAACGCAGAAUUGCUACUUGCAAAGCCAUCUUUAAAAGCCCGUUAUCAACUUCCCUUGAGACUAACACACGUGCCGAAGAGGAGCUGUCCACUCCUGAGGAACACGCUCCAGCACGUGCAGGAUCCUGGGGAUCUAGAAGCAAAAGGCCGCCUGGAUGCUGAAACCUUACACCUGAAGAAGCAGCCCAGGUGCGGGGUCCCAGAUAUCGUGGAGUAUAAUUUUUUCCCUAAGAAAGUGAAAUGGCUGACUUACAACUUGACCUACAGAAUAAUGAAUUACACUCCACACCUGCUCCCUUCAACUGUGGAUGAUGCCAUUCAAGCAGCUUUCAAGGUUUGGAGUGAUGAGACCCAGCUGAACUUCACUCGAUUGUUCCGGGGAACUGCUGACAUCAUGAUCUUUUUUGGAAGCAAAGAGCAUGGAGAUUUCUUCCCAUUUGAUGGGCCUCUUGGACAGUUGGCUCACGCCUUUCCCCCGGGUGAGGGUCUUGGUGGUGACGUUCACUUUGAUGAUGAUGAACGCUGGACAAAUGAUUCCACAGGCUGUAACCUGUUUGCUGUUGCUGCACAUGAGUUUGGCCAUGCUCUGGGCCUCCAUCACUCUACAGACUCCAACGCUCUGAUGUACCCCAUCUAUACCCACCCUGGCAAGAGAAAGAAUAUUCUCUCUGAGGAUGAUGUCAAAGGCAUUCAGGCUCUCUAUGGUCCAAGAAAGAGAUCAUUUGCUAGCCAAACACCAGAGAAAUGUGAUCCGCACUUCACAGCUGAUGCCGUUACGCAGUUUCAAGGGGCAACCAUCAUCUUUAAGGACGCAUUUUUCUGGUGUGACCAUCCACAGUUUCCUGAAGCAAAGCCAUUGCUUAUCCAUUCAUUUUGGCCUGAUCUUCCCAACCAGAUAGAUGCGGCUUACGAAGACCCCGUGGAAGCCCACAUAGUCCUGUUCAGAGGCAAAGACUUUUGGGUCCUACAAAGCCACAUGGUGCUCCAUGGAUAUCCCAAGGCAAUUAGUGAGCUUGGGUUCCCCAAAGACACACACUGCAUCGAUGCUGCUGUCCACGACUCACACACCAGGAUCACCACCUUUUUCACUGCAGACAAGUACUGGAGAUUCAAUGAAGAAAGACAAACUAUGGAAGAUGGCUACCCCAAAUCCAUUACAGAUGGUUUUUCUGGAAUUGAAAAUAAAGUGGAUGCAGCAUACCAACACCAAGGUUCUAUUUACUUCUUCUGUGGAGAAACACUGUCUGAAUACAGCAUCUCUGAAGAGCGUGUGAUUCAGAUGUCCAAAGUAAAUGACUUUCUAAAUUGUUGA